GUUUCAAAGUAACUGGCCCUACAGGCAAAGAUGUCAUAUCUGGCGAAACGUGGGUUCCGAUGAGCGAGGGAGGUGGCUGAGCAUAGGUUAUUUAAACUAUUAAAAUGUUACACGCAAAGACGUGACAUGGGUCUCUUCCCUUGGCUGAUGAAUCGCAGCAUUUUGCCCGUGACAUCACAGCAGCAAAAUACAUCGCGAACAGACUCUGGCUCGAUGAAGUUCAGCGCGCACUGGGCAGGCAUCUGACUUCGUGCUGUGCUCGUGGAGAGGGAACAACACUACGAGCGAGAGAGACAGGGGAUAGGACUAUCUCACCUCUUAUUUUGUACAACUUCAACUUUGACUACUUCAACAGCAGAGCACAGUCUGAGCUUGGAUUAAUAACGCCCUUUCUUAUUUUUAUUUUUUCCUGCGAUUUUGUAUUUUUCUGUGUACGCUUGCAAGGAGCGAGGGAGAUCAGUGAAUUGUUUGUUUUCAGCAAAAUAGACUUAAGGAGAUUGUGAACUGGAAAUUUACAAAGUGGAGCGAAGAAACAUUUCGACAAGUUGAGGGAAGACGUUUCCUUGGAGCCUUGUCUUCUUCACUGUCAUGGGGAGGAUCUGAACGCUCUGUCUGUAGUGGCUCUGUCAUGGAUCUUUGCCUGGAGUUUAUUUAGUGAACAUAAACUUGUGAAGACUAUACAAUCCCAACAGCUUACUCCGUGCACCAACCUUCACUUUAUACAUGCUGGUAGUGGAUGUUUCACACUUGUUACUUCCAAUUCCGGAGAGUCAAUGGAUUCGUAGGGUGCCUUGCCUGAUCGAAUAGUUCGACAGAUCCCUGUGCGCUCUAAUUCGGGGGUGUUGUUUUGCUGGUGAACCAUGUAUAUUCACAGCUGUGUAAAUCUCUUUUAUAUAUUGUUAAAAGCUAAAAUAUAUCCACCCGAGCUUGUGUAUGUCGACAGGUUAUGGUAUAUGUGUGACUGUUAAGAAUUAAUUUACACUUUUUCUGUCAGUGACAAUCUACUGGCUGGUAAAGCGCUGAACCCCUCGACCCGCCUCUUAAUUAUAGACUAACUUUAAUAUGAUAUCGUACGCGCUAUGGAUAGUGGUCAGUUAUUACGUUUUGGAGGUACGAAUCGGCAUGCUGAAAUGUAAUUUUAGACUGUGCCGCAACAUGCUCUGCGAACGAGAAUAAUUAUAGGAACAACUAUAGACUCUUGCUAGCACCUAACCCCACUUGUUCCUAUCAUGGCAACUGCGCAUCUCAACCCAAGAAACUCACUAUCCGUCUCUGUAUACGCUGUGACGGCGGGGAUCUAGUAGGCUAUUGACAAGUUGUCAUCUAGCAGACGAGAGAGUGAUCAUGGUCUUCGUUGUCCGCGCUGUUAUGCUGCUGCUGCUGGGUCAGGUGUCUGUCGGAGACUGCACAGGACUUAUUCCCGAGGUUGGCCGGCGGAGGUACAGCGACUCAGGACGGCAAAACCCACCGCAGGAUGUCCUAAACACAUUUGAACUUCGCCUACUCAACAUGUUUGGUCUGAAACGUAGACCGAAUCCAAGCAAGUCUGCGGUCAUCCCACAGUAUAUGGUGGAUCUAUAUAACAUGCACUCUGCAAAUUCAGAGAAAAGCCCCGGGAGACAUAAGGGGUCAUUGGCAAGGAACUCAGAAAAGCCUGCCAGCCGGGCGAACACGAUUAGAAGCUUUCAUCAUGAUGAAUCAUCUGAAGAGCUGAGGAGUCACAGUACGAGGACAACCCAGAAGUUCGUCUUCAACUUGACCUCCGUCCCCAGAGAGGAGUUGAUCACUUCAGCUGAGCUGCGCAUCUACAGGGAGCAGGUUAUGGAAGCUGUGGACGCUGUUAUGGCUGGAAACGGUAGCCAUGACAACAGCAGCAUCAGCAACAGUGGGGCCGGGUUCCACCGCAUCAACAUCCAUGAGGUCAUCAAGCCGGAGGUGCCUUCCACAGAGCCCAUCACCAGACUCCUGGACACCAGGCUGGUGCAGCACACCCUCAGCAAGUGGGAGAGCUUUGACGUGAGCCCUGCCGUGGCUCGCUGGACCAUGGAAGGACAUGACAACCAUGGCUUCAUGGUGGAGGUACUGCACUUGGACAGUGAGAACAGAGAGUUUGAGAGGGAAGGAGAGGGUGAGGAAGAGGAGACGAAUAGGGUGGAGAAGAAGGAGAUGCAGGGGAGUAGUAGUAUGAGGAGGAGAAGGAGGCACGUGAGGGUGAGCCGGUCCCUUCACCGGAACGAGUACUCCUGGCCUCAGCUCAGGCCUCUGCUGGUGACCUUCAGCCAUGAUGGCAAAGGGGAACCGCUGCACGCACGCGAGAAGAGGCAGGCGCGUAACAACAAGCAGCGCAAGAAGCACAAAGCCAACUGCAAGCGGCACAUGCUGUACGUGGACUUCAGCGACGUGGGCUGGAACGACUGGAUCGUGGCGCCGCCUGGCUACCAUGCCUUCUUCUGCCAGGGCGAGUGCCCAUUCCCGCUGGCUGACCACCUCAACUCCACUAACCAUGCCAUCGUCCAGACGCUCGUCAACUCUGUCAACACAAACAUUCCGCGGGCAUGCUGCGUCCCUACGGACCUCAGCCCCAUCUCUUUACUCUACCUGGAUGAGUACGAGAAAGUGAUCCUGAAAAACUACCAGGACAUGGUGGUGGAGGGAUGUGGUUGCCGCUAAUGAUGGAUUGAUGGAUGGAUGGAUGGAGGGAAUUGGCGAGCCUAGCGCUGUGUGUGUACUGCUGUGUGUGAGGGCUGUGACCUUUGAACUUACAGACAUUACCAGAGGAGAAGGAGGAGGAGAGAGACAGAGAAAGGACUCAUACUUUUGUUAUUUUGCAAAACAGACACUUCAUUUCCCAAUGAAAUCAUUAUUUAUAAGAAAGAAAAAAACUAAUAUUUUGGAGAAAAAAAGGUAUAUAAGAGUAUAUUUAUCUCUACUAUCAAGUUGGGAAAAUAAAUAUUUUAAUCAGAGUUCAGAUAAUGUAUUUCUGAUGUACGUUUUAAAUAGUACAGUUCCGCACAUGAAGUAUCAUGCUCAAACUUAUUUUGUAUUUAUUUACUUUCAUAACCACUGUCUAGUGAAUAGUUUAUAUAUAUUUAUGUAUAAUCACAUGGAAAAUAUAUAGAUGUGUACAAUAUUCAACUCACCAUAGGUGGCAGAUUUGUGUGUUUCCUUUAAACAUUCGGUGAAAAAUAAAGUCUACUCUGGUAUGACCCAGAGUAAGGCAAACCCCCUUAACAAGCUUAAAGGUGCACUGUCUAAUAUUGUUAGUAGUUCAUUUGUAGAAUUCAUGCUGUCCAUUCACAAAUGUUACCUUUUCCACGAAUAGUUACUACCACCAGCAAAUUCAUAAUAUUCAUUAUGACUGGGAAGACUGCAUUUUUCAUACAUGAAAAGGGGGAUCCUCUCCAUGUCCGCCAUUUUCACUUUCCAGAAAUAGAUAUUUUUAGUGCCAAAACGUACUGUACUUUGGUCAUACUAGUAAAUAUUGGUUUAUUAUUCAGUGAAUAUUCUUGAAAAGAUCAAAUUUGGCAAUAGGCAGCACAGUUUCGAUGUCCAGCCUAGUUGCAAUACCUACUCUGGCCACCAUCCUACACAGUGCACCUUUAAAGUGAAGGCCCCAUCAUGACUCCACAAAGCACUGUAAGAAGCACCAGUGCCUUUUAAACACAACACUAGUGUCGUCCUGUGAAGCUCUUACUUAAAAUGUGUAGUUGUGGAAUUUACAGAGUGAAGCAUCAUUCUGGGGGAAAGCUAUCUAUAAUGCCCAGCUAACACAUGGGAACAUGGGGGACUUCAAAAGGUACGGCACGGCACAGUCCACAUCCAGUCAACAGCAAGGGGAUAUCACAGCAGAACUGAAGAGAUUUUGAGGGGUU